AUGUUCGGUGGCUCCACGAGCCCUACCAAAGAGAAAGACGAUUCCUCCCCUCUCUCCGGCAGUGGUUCGACCACCCUAUCCAUCAACACGGAAAAUACCACGGCUGGCCGAGAAAACAAAGCCACCCCGCUUAGUGGUUCUCUGUCGCCCCGCAACGGGGACCGAAGCCCAGCAGCGGAACAGCCAAAGCGCCGAAAUAGCUCAAUGACCAAGGCUGCCAACUUCUUCUCCAACGCUAAAUAUUCCCUACAUCUUUCAAGUGCGCGGGAGUCGCAGAAGGAACAGCAAGCCUUAACACCCAUGCAAAAGUUGGGGAAGAUGGAUCCAGCCUUGAUUGUUCCGCAAGGGUCGUUGAAUAACUCGGCCGGUGAAUCAGCGCCGACUGCGCACUCGUCGUUUCGGGUUGGAGUCACUGAAGACAGGAACAGAAAAUGCCGAAGAACUAUGGAAGACACCCAUGCUUAUCUGUAUAAUUUUCUUGGAACUGCAGCCCCAACUCCUGCCAAAGCCGAUUCGUCCAUCCGCAGCAAAAAUAAUUCCGAGGAUUCAAUACCUACAUCUGCAGAGUCUGACGACUCACCACCGAUGGUUGAAACGGACAAUGGAUAUUUUGCCAUUUUCGAUGGACAUGCCGGGACGUUUGCGGCGGAGUGGUGCGGGAAAAAGCUGCAUCUCAUUUUGGAGGAUAUCAUGAGAAAGCACCCGAAUACUCCGGUACCAGAACUGCUAGACCAGGCAUUCACUAGCGUGGAUCAGCAAUUAGAAAAGCUCCCGUUGAAAAACAGCGGUUGUACUGCUGUUACUGCAGUCUUGCGAUGGGAGGAUCGUCCUACCGGGACCUCUCCUCCUAAUGCGACUCCAUCUUCCUCCCUUGCGACACCCAACAAGCAAGGUCCGGAAAAAGAUAAUAAGAGCACAGACCCGUCGUCCACAGCGCAGACAUCUUCAUCCCUAGACCCGUCAGGAUUAUCAGUGUCAGGAUCCGCAAACCAAAAGCAACCCCAGGAAACAACUGCCGUCUUUCGACAACGUGUACUGUAUACCGCGAACGUGGGUGAUGCACGCGUUGUUCUGUGCCGGAAUGGCAAGGCGCUGCGAUUGUCGUACGACCACAAGGGCAGUGAUGAAAACGAGGGGAAACGAAUAUCCAAUGCUGGAGGCCUAAUCUUGAAUAACCGCGUAAACGGCGUGCUUGCUGUCACUCGGGCGUUGGGGGAUUCGUACAUGAAAGACUUAGUCACUGGCCACCCGUACACGACGGAGACGGUCAUCCAGCCUGAAACAGAUGAGUUUCUGAUCCUGGCUUGCGAUGGCUUAUGGGACGUCUGCUCGGAUCAAGAAGCCGUCGAUCUCAUCCGUGGCACAGAGGACCCACAACUCGCCUCAAAAAUCCUCGUCGACCACGCUCUCUCGCGCUUCAGCACCGACAACCUCUCCUGUAUGAUUGUCCGCUUCGACACAAAGGCCAUUCAGCAAGCAAUAGAACAACAGCAAAGACGCACAUCACUCGUGCCGCCAACAACGACAGAUAGCAGCGGCGGCUCCAUCAAUAUCAAUAAUACCAACAAUACUACAAACAACAACAAUGGCCCGGUCCCAUCGCCAGUGCAACUUGUAGGCAUCAGCGAAGCCGACAAGAUCGUCGAGGAGACGCGGAAGAAGGCGCGCGCGGGCAAGCUAGGCGCUGAACUUGCCACCGUCGAUGCUGCUGAAGACACGGGGAAUGGCGACGACAGCGAGAACGCGACGCCCGUGGAGACCUAUUCUGCUGUAGGGGAUAAGUUGGGGCCGGAAGUUUCGUCUGGGCAACUAAAGGGAGUAAUUGAUAUUGCGAAUUUGGAUUUGGCGGAAGGUCAGGAUAGGAAAGGAAAGAAAGAGGGAGGAGAAUAA